UCUGUCUGUCUGAACGAUGCGGCCUUUCAAACUCUGACAACACAAUUACUCUCAAGAGCCGAAUGCAUGCCUUUCAACCAGUAGCAUUAAAACCGAUUUAUUCCCAGUCCGUGAACGCCGCCACCGCCGCUCCCGCUCCUCUCGUGCGCGCCGCUCGUGCCUCCCAUCUGCGUGUGGUCGGAGGGGGAGACUGGAUUCAGACACGGGGAAAACAGGAAUGUUUCUUCCGCUUCCAAAGAGUGUAAAAAGCCAGCGGAAGUCGACGUGGUCUGUCUGACAGCAAACUCUCAUACUCCCACCCUCACUACUUGUGCCUCAUUGAAUGCUCAACUCUGCUGGCGACCUUGGUUUCCUUCUUACUGCAGGGAAACCAUUGAGAGAGAAAAGUGGCCUCUGUCUCCAGAAGAGCAUCUGGCCUCUGACUGUAUGUCUCAGAGCUCUGACUGACCCUUUUCCUCCUCCUCCUUCCACUUCACCUCAAGGGCCCACAUUUUCACAUCAUUAUAACCGUCAAACCUCCAGCCAGCUGCUUCUCCACAGGUGCAGUUGGCCAUUGCUGUCCCUGUGCGGAAGGAUCAUCAAUUGUCCCCUGACUGGCCCACGACUGGCGCUUCUUUAGAGGGGGAGGGAGGGGAAGGAAGGCAGCUAAGCGCUGUGCUGACUUUCCUGGAGAUGAAGCUGCAGGCUGUCAUGGAAAACUUGCACAGGCAACAGAGGGCCAAGCUGCUGAUGGAACAGCAACUCCAACAGCAAGCCAUUGCCCAACAGACUCAAGUCCACAGAGGUGGAGGAGGAGGGGAUGAACAUGUGGGGAGUCCGGCACCUGAGGCAGAGCAGGCCCAGAUGGCAGCACUUGCAGCCAUGCGUGCAGCAGCAGCUGGGUUACAGAGAGUGUCAGUCAGCCCUAUGUCAGAGCGCAGCAGUGGUGGUGAGGAUGAUGGCGACAAUGAUGACAUUGACGAAGGUGAGGAGCAAUGCAAGAACAUGAUGGGCUCAGAUGAGGAGGAGCAGAUCAAACAGAAAUGGGAUGAAGAAGACUUUGAAGGCGAGAUAGAUGAAGACUAUGAUGAUGACCUGGCAGAGGAGGGGUUGCCAACAGGCCAUGGAGCUGUGGCACCUGGAAAAGGCAUUCUACUGUUGCCUCACCGCCAGCUUCACCCCCACUCUCAGCUGCUCAAGGCUCGCUCCAAUGUUGACCAGGAGCCUCGUGUUGCCAUCCUUCCUCCUCACAGCACGCACAACCACCUGGGUGGGCAGGACCACGGAGAAUGGACCUAUGAGGAGCAAUUCAGACAGUUAUAUGAACUUGAUGGAGACCCAAAGAGAAAAGAGUUUCUGGAUGACCUCUUUAGCUUCAUGCAAAAGAGAGGAACCCCAGUGAAUCGUAUUCCCAUCAUGGCCAAACAGGUUCUGGAUCUGUACAUGCUCUACAAGCUGGUGACAGAGAAGGGUGGCUUGGUCGAGGUCAUCAAUAAGAAGCUGUGGAGGGAGAUCACCAAAGGACUCAACCUGCCUACCUCAAUCACCAGUGCAGCCUUCACCCUCCGCACACAAUACAUGAAGUACCUCUACCCUUAUGAAUGUGAUAAAAGGGGUCUGAGCAACCCCAACGAACUCCAGGCAGCCAUUGACAGUAAUCGACGGGAGGGCCGACGGCAGAGCUUUGGCAGCUCUCUCUUCACCUACUCUCCUAAUGGGACACCCACCAUGCUUUCCUCACUCAAGCGUCCCUCUAGUGUGGAUCUGACGGUUGCCACCAAUGGAGCCUCGUUGACCCCCAUUCAGAAGAUCAAGAAAGAAGAGGAGGGAGGCCAGCCACUUCCAGGGGUUGGAGUUCCUCAUUUGCCAGCUGCAGCUUUAGCAGGUCACUCUGUGGCUGCUGUGCAGGCCGUGGCAGCUCAGGCAGCCAUGGCAGCUCAGGUAGCGGCUCUGGAGCAGCUGAGGGACAAACUGGAGGCUGGCGAGCCUCAUCCAGCAAAGAAAAGGGCACUGCCCGCUGAGGAACACCAACAACUUCUACAGAGAGCGCUUCAACACAACCUCCUGGCCAUGACCGCCCAAAUGCCCAUGAACAUUCGCAUCAGCAACCAAGAUGGCAGGCAGGAGUCAGCCCUAAACCUAACCACUAACGGCACAAGCAGCAUCAGCAUGUCAGUAGAGCUGAACGGAGUGGUAUACACAGGCGUUCUUUUUGCUCAGGCUGCAGCCGGGUCCACCUCAUCUGGUACGUCUGGAUCAUCCGUCUCCAACAAGGUGAUCAGCAGCCGAGUCGCUCCUCAACAGCAACAGAACACACCUACCUCAACUUCAACCUCAACCUCCAGCAACCCCUUGUCUUAACAGUCACCGAGCCUUUCCCCUUUUAGUUUUUCAACCUACCAGGCUAAGUAAGGCCAAAAAUCAACCUCAUUUUCUACACCAACUAUGCCAAAAAGAGAAGAACCAUACAUUGUACAAAAAGACACAAACUGAAUCUCAGAUCACUUGAAGUACACUAUCUCAGGUUUUCCUUCACAAACUCACCUCUUUUGUUCUUCAUAGCCAAAUAAUUUUGAAAGAAAUAUCUCAACUGAGAGCCAAUAUAUGCUAAACAAAUAAGUAUGCACAACUUGUGAAUUAUUUAUUUCUGCAUAAAUGUACAGAUUAGUGGAGAGCAAAAGAGAAGGAAAUAACUAGAAAAGGUAACACACUGUUUACACACACAAACAGCUACUGACUGACAGCAACUUUUUAUCCUCUAGGGGAAAGAUUUUUUGUUUCAACUUUUUAUUGUCAUUAUCAUUAUUGUUAUUUUUUGUGUUUAUCAUUUAAAUCUUUAACAGUUCUCUUACUGCAGGAAAAAAUCUAUAUUCAGAAUUCUAUAAAAAGAAAAAAAGAAAUAUGACUAUCUUCUAUUUUUAAUCAAAAAAGCUUUAAGGUAUUUUUUUUUUUCAGGGCAUGUAAAGAUGUACCGAUGUGACCUCAUUUUGUUUUAAACCUUAUUCACAUGGCAACCAUUUUGAAUCUCUGUGUGGAAGAGCAAGUUUGGUGCAGGCCUGAGCUCCUGUUGUGUACCAAUAUACUACAGGAUAUCAAUGCCACAGAUUCUCCAGUGAAAUGCAAAAUUAUAACAGCUGGCUCUAUAGAAUCUGUGGGAAUCUUCUCUUUAUAAUAUAUUUUAUUCUAUUAUCUGGUCUAUUAUUGGCCCCUGCCUGUGUAGAGUUCAGCUACAGUGAUACAACUGAUGCCCUGCUGAGUUUAAAGCAGUUGUUGUUGUAGCUGUUCCUGAAUCAGCUGUGUAAUGUACGUCUCAUCUGUUUGGUGUAAAGCCAGUUAAAUCCAUGUCUCUGAUAAUCACGCAGGUAGAUCAUCAGGCUUUAACGUUCAGUUUGUGUGAGUAAGGUCAGCUUCAGGAGAGCCUUGUGCUACACCUCAUCAUGCCGGGCCGUCUGUGCCUCACCAACUGCUUCUAUCCAUGAAUAGACACACCCUUGAUUUUUCUCAGGUGUCCAUCUGCUUGUCAUUUUGUAUCUAUCAGCUGUACUUGAUGGUCAAUUGUUUUUCUUCAUUUUGCAUUUUCAUUUUUUUACUAACUUGGCCUUCGAGUGGAGUGAUUGUCAUAGUCAGAUGCAUAAAUGUACUUGUAGAUAAAAGUCCUUCAGGAAGCAGGAACAGACUUCCUAAACUCACAGGAAUUGCGUAGCCACUAAAUCUUGUUAUUGUGGAGACACACAUGGACAAUCAAAUGUCAAUGGACGCUGUCUUUGACAGACGCAUGUGAGGUUUUGCUCAUUCUAUCUUGUAUAAUAGAUUACAGAUGGUUUUUAUUUUUCUCUCCUGCUUUGCGUUUUUUGCAGAGCUUUUGUGCGUCUCCUGAUCCAAAUGCUUCUAUUUUGUGUGGUAAGGACAGGGUCUCCUUGAGACCAGCCCACCAUCUGUCAGGGAUAUAACACAAAAUGCCUUGCGAUUAUCUGAGUGUUUUUAGACAAUACCUAAUUGGGGUUUCUGAUAAUGUGGGCUCUGUCGUAUCAGCGCUUACUUCUGUCUUAAUGUUGUUGUGUUUUUAAAUACUCAGAUUUGUAAAAGGUUAGAUCAGUCACACCAGAGACUGUCUCUGCAUUUUCGAGUAGAUCAAUCAUUCUGCUUUCUGAACUUUAACCUGUGUUACCUCUCUGGACCUUUGACUGUUAACGAUUGCCACUCAACCCCCCCCCUAAGACCCCACCUCUACUCGAAGCAGCUUCAUUCCUACUGGCGUUAUGAAAUAAAUCAGACUUUGUAUGGACGCCCUGCUCUGAGGCCUUAACACAGCAUGGGACGGCCAGAAAGUGAGCAGAACCUCCGUCUAAUCAGCUUUAACUGUUUCAGUCAAAUAUCACCAGAUGCCUGCUGUGGCUUUGAUUCUGUGCUCACUUCCCAAUGGGGAAUCGCCACCAGCUGCUGCACAAACACUGUUCACUUUUGGAACAUUACACUCUAAUAGGUAACACUUUAUCAUUAAAUUAGGUUAUUUAAAUGUAUUAAACCUAAAAAAAAAUUAAAAUACUUUUUAAUAUCUUUUUAGGAAAAUAAAAGUGCAGCAGAAACAGCCUCUCAUUGCAUGAGCUUUGAGCAAAAUAUCAAGUCCAAUUUGUUUUAGAUGCACACAAUACAAGUUCAGAAUCAUUUAAUUAGGCAGGUUUGCAAAGGUCCAAAGAACGUUUUUGGCGAUACCUUAUUCCCUCUAAACACAAUGCCAGGGCCAUAGGUUAAAUAAACGCUACUGUUACUAUCCUCAAUCUGAGCAGAUAUGGUCAUUCUAUUAAGAGCUUCCAGCAUUACAUACAGAACUUGAAGCGUUAACGGCUCUUGUCUUGUGUUGAAACACAAACUAACACAACAGCAACAGCUACAGGGACAGAGUGUUGUUGCCGCACGUUGCCUGCAGGUGGCACACAUAACUUGAAGGUUUGCGUUGGUUGCUCCCGGGUGGUGCAACUCACACCUGCGUUUCUGAAACUGCUGCUGUUGAGGCUCUGAGUGGCCUACAUGGAGCCUGGUUUCAUUUGCUUCUGUUCCAUCUGCAGGGUAAUGAAUAUGAAGUCAGCCACAUUACCAAGGUCUAUAUGUGAGCCAUGAUCCCUCUUGUUACUGUGUUCUCUCACUAGUUCUCAGCCAUCAGGUUAUCAGACUAAUGCCACUUUACAGACUGUGUUUCCAACCACAGAUGUUUAAUUCAACCCAUGAAUUUGCUUUGUUUUUCCAUUUGCAGAAGUGAAACUUCAGUUCACGUGAGACACUGCAGCUUUACUUCAUUAUAUAACUGAGAUUACACGAAAUGAGGUUCCCCGUAGAUUUGUGAGUGCCUCUUUCUGUUGCGACCUUGAGUUGUGAAGUAAUUUCAGACAAAUAGGUCAACGUGUAGAUGUGCAGUCAAAUACAUUGUUUACAUUCAGAAUUAAUUUGCUUGGGGGAAGAGCUAGUUGUACAGAUGUUGCUUUGCAGUGCGUGUGUGAAAUCAACAUGAAUGUUUUGACUAGUAUAAAAAGAUUAUGUGGAAAUUGAGUUAAACAAAACUUGUCUUGGCUGCCUCCUGGCUGUGGCCAAUAGAUAUUAGGAUCAGUACAGUGUACUGGCUGAAAUGACUGUCUAUUAAAUUGGUUUUAUUAUUAGUCAACAAAAUGUAUGUUUAGACAAUCAAAGAGGAAAAGACUAUAUCUUAUCAAAAUAGCUUUUCUACAGCUGUCUGCUACAUUUGAACCCAGUAACUAGUAAAAUACGAACAAGUAAAUCUUUACUUAAUGAAAGUUUGAAUAAUGUGAUUUUAAGGUAGGUUAACCAAAUUUAAAAAGAAAAUGUUUUGCAUGAGAGUCGUUGGCUGCACAUAUGGAACCUACUGCUACGCUGCCAGAAGAAGCUGGGCUAGUUAGCAUUUAACAGGACUAGUUUAUCCAUUAUCAUUUAUUAUUUACCUCUUGUGCAGUUUAUAUGGGAACACAAGAUCAAUCACUGUGACCUAAGGGCAUCAAAGUGGAUGUUAUGAAUUUUAAACAACUGGAAUAGGUGGUUAAAAUAUAUUCAGGAGAUUGGACAAUCUGAUUUAUUUAUAUCCCAUAGUUGUAAUUAAUUCCCUCUUGUUUUUCCAAAAACUAUACAGUAGAUGGUAAAUUACUCCUGUGGUCAUGUAAGGUUUGGUCCAUGUGGUCACAGCACAGGUUGUUGCACACUGAAAGCCUAGCAUCUCCCUGUGCAUCGUUUCAUGAGUAGCAGAUGUCAGUUGCUCAUAAUCUUCAGACAAUCAAACAGGAAAAAGGUGGGGGGGGGGGCUCUCGAGAAGACACGGUUCAAUCAAUGGUGAUCUAAAGAUCAACAUUGCUGUCUUUUUUUUUUCCUUUUUGCUUUGUUUUUUUAUGACCCUAUGACCUUUUGGCCCCUAAGGCAACAUUGAAGCCCCUUCCCCCCAUCAAUGGAUCCAUGUUUAUUGUGUAUCUAUCGACCUGCUCUGAGAUAUUUGCAUUCGAGGAGUGGACGUACUGCAGCGCUUUCUCUCUCUUUCUGUGCACAGCAGCAUGAGGGAGGGUGGUUUAAAUUGUGUGGUAGUGACAAUCAGACGAGCUUGUGACAACUCUGUUACCUCCAAACACACUGCUCAACCUCAAUCAAGUGCUGUUUCUGCCUCAGCUGAGAAGAAGGCUGGUGCUCAGUAGGAGUUUAUGAAAGAGAUUGUAGUGAACCCAGACAAUCAGACGUCACACCUUGGACUGACUGUAGUGAUGUUGGAGAAGGUAGACAUGUCAGUAAGCUAAUACUCAGACCAAGCUGCAUCUGUAGAGUAACAGCGCCCCUCUGUGGAGGAUUUAGUUAUUGUGCCCAGUCAGCUUCGUUUUUUCUAAGUUGGAUCACAUGUAUCUCCCAUUCUUUCUAGUUUUCUUAUUUUUUUCUGAACACUAAAAUACUCUAUUUAAAUCAGGCCUCUUUAGAAUUAACAGAUUUACAAGAAUACAUCCACAAAUUAAAAACGGUGAACUAUAAUGGCCUGUUCGUCCAUAGCAGAGGCUUUGCAGCUGCAGUUCUUGUGCGUUUUGUUGGGAUCAGAUUAUUGUGGAUUUUUUAACUGCAGUCUACAGGUUGACUUGUUGUGUGCAUUCAUGAGCGGUUGUACAGACUGAAACAGUAACUUAGCUGGACUAAACAUGUUUUGUCUUUGUUUGUUUUUUGUUUUCACACCAUAGAAGCAGUGAAUAUAUUGUUUUUUCCAGAGCUGACUCCCAAAUCUCUGCUCAUGUUGGAGCUUCCAAACAGCACAAAACCUACCUGUCUUUCUCAAUGUCAUAAAUGAUGAGGAUGUCAUGACUUUCUGCUCAUUUAUGUUGACAUACUGCUGCUUUUACUCCAGCUGGAGCCAUAGCUACCGUAGCCUGAACUUAUGCCAGGAAAACUGUCUGCUCACACGUGUCUCCAUCAUGGAAAAAUUGUCAUAACAUUUACAGGUGAAUGUGGGUUGAGGACUUUGGACUGGACCCCUGACUGUAGACUAGAACAAUUAUGAAAAGUUGAGAAGAUGCCUUCUGCUGUGACAAUUCUUUAUUAAUCAACUUUAUUCUAAGAUUUGUUAAAUAGAUUACUUACUGAAAUUAGGCUUGUUAGGGAUAUGGACUAUCUUGUUUCUAUUGUUUGCUCUAUCUUUUGCCCUUUCAUUUUUUGGACAUGCUGUAGCACCCCAGCACACAGAGAUUACUUUUAGUUUUUAAUGAUGAUGAUGAUGAUAAUGUGAUUACUUAUAACUUUAGGGAGGUGCGUGUGUGCGUGUGUGCGCGUGUGUGUGUGUGUGUGUGUGUGUGUGUGUGUGCGCGUGUGGGUAUGUGUGCCUGUGUGUGGGGCUUCACGUAUCGUUGAGUUAACUUCAGAUCUGAAAUCAGGCUCUUGUCUUUUGUCUUUACAACUUCUCAGGAAAAUCUACCUCUACCUCCAGUUUGAUGCAUUUAACCCAGUGAGGGCUCAAGUUACAAUGUAGUGGGUUCACAGAGAGAACGUGGGGGCCAGCGCCAGGGUUUCAUAUGAACCUUAACACACCAGAACAACUCCACCGUUACAGCCUGAUAAUACAUGUUUGUACAGAAAAAACAAGUAUUCUAAUGUAGUUUUGAAAUGGCUGGAUAUACAUUUUAAGAAAUUCUCAGGAGGUGUUUUAUUUUACUCUGGUUAAGGAACAGGUUCAUUUGGACCCUGAUGUUUGUCUAGUUUGUCUGUGUGUGCAUUACAAGUUUGUAUCGCUACUGCUAUUUAGUUUAUUUGAGCACCAACAACAGGGAACCUCCAAAUCAACAGCUAAAUACUAAUAGUACUUCAACAAGUACCACUUCUAGUGCUACUGUUAGUGCUUCAGGUCAUUUUUUUCAGUCUGUUCUAUUAACAUGUGCUUGUUCCUCCUUUUCUAUCCGUAAUAAAAUGUUGGAAUGGGAUGUUUGUCCCGGUAACCACAAUAACAGUGAAGUGGCAGCAGGCAAUGCAACUGUUUAUUUUUUGUUUUCUUUUUUAGGGUGAAGAGAUAUUCUUGCCUAUUUACUCAAUAUGUGGUUUGUGUGAAUACUUUUAUUUUGAAUCUAAAAUUAUUAAAAUAUCAACUUUCUGAAAUUAAA